AUGGAGGACACGACGGCGUCCUUGGCACGAGUCGACACGUGCUGCGCCUCCUCUUGGAUCAAACAAUGUCCCCCGAAUUCGACUACUUUGCAUGGGGACUGGCCAUCGAGUGGGUGCUCGGCCAACGCGAAGUCAUGUCGAUUGAAGGUGACGUCGGCACGUUCGUGCUGCUGUAGUCGGUCAGCGCGUCCGUCACAGACACCCUCCCCAAUCAGCUGGACGUCCCGCAGAACGUGGCGCUGUACUCCCGCGCUGUGUGAAUCUACAUCACGUCGAUGCUGUCGUUUGUGGUCAUUCUCGCAUCACUCGCCGUGA